GUAACGGACGCGGCGGGCGACAGUCAACAACAACAACAACAACAAUCAACAACUACUACAACAACAACAACAACCAACAACAACUACAACAACAACAACAACAAUCAACAACAACUACAACAACUACAACAAUCAACAACAACUACAACAACUACAACAACAACAACAACAACAACAACAACCACAACAACAAUCAACAACCAUCAACAACAACUACAACAACAACAACAAUCAACAACAACUACAACAACAACAACUACAAUCAACAACAACAAUCAACAACAACAACAACAACAACAACGUCACGUGCCCCAGGUAACCACGGCAACAACAACAACAACAACGUCACGUGCCCCAGGUAACCACGGCAACGACGCGGCGGCUGCGUGAGGGGAGCGAGUUGACGAACAACAACAACAACAACAACUACUACAACAACUACUACAACAACUACAACUACUACAACAACUACAACUACAACAACAACAACUACAACAACUACAACUACUACAACAACUACAACAACAACAACAACAACAACAACAACAACAACAACAAUCAACAACAACUACAACAACAACAACAACAAUCAACAACAACUACAACAACAACAACAACAAUCAACAACAACUACAACAACAACAACAACAAUCAACAACAACAAUCAACAACAACAACAACAACGUCACGUGCCCCAGGUAACCACGGCAACAACAACAACAACAACGUCACGUGCCCCAGAACCAGAAACAUUUGCUGCGUCGACUGCCUCCGCCGUGCCGGAGCUUUUGUCGGCGGUGCCGCGGGCUUUGCCGACGCAGACAUGAGCUCGGCGUUGAACGCCGAUGAAGUCCGGGUCAUGUCGGAGUUGCUGGCACACGGACUUCUCCGAGAUCACCAUCGAAGCGUGAAACUGAUCAUGCUGUUCGAUGCGGAAACAGAGAAGGCUAAAAUAUAUGCAGAAGAUUUAAAGGAGACGCGGAAAAAAAUCGACGAUAUUACUUUAAAGAACACGGAACUUUCUGAGCAGACAACGCGGCUAGAGACUACUUUUGAGGUUAACAAGACCGUCAUUGAAAGAUUGAAUGCGGCGCAGAAUAUUCUCAUUAAACACACGUUGGACAAACGCGCGCAACUGAAAGCCGCCAAGCAACACCUUGCAGACGAAUCGGUGCGCUUAGCCGACAUCGUAAAACAUUACGAGGCCAUGUUGACGGACUACGAGGAGGAGCCCAGCGUUCACUCCCAGGUGCUCCUCGCAAAGAAGGAGGGAGAGCUGGCCGCCUUGAGAGGCGCCAUCGCCACGGAGAAGCAGGAUCGCAAGGAGCAGCGGAGAAAGAUGAAUCGCGAAACGGGUUUUCGGUUCGCGACGUUCAAUGAACGGGUGGCCGAAAUGGUGCUGAUCAAGCAAGACACGGCCAGGAGUGAAGCGUUGAUUGCAGCGAGGGAGGCGUCGAAGGAGCUGCUGGAAAAGGAAGCCAAGGGGCAUCAGACUGACGAGGAACGCAGCGACGGAGAGGCGAGCGCGGCCGCCGCCACGGACGUCGAGAUGCCAGAUGACGACGCGACCAGGAGCCGGGGAGACAGAGCAGCUCGCGGCGGCGCGGAGACGGCCCCGGGACGCCGCGAGGGGAACGGGUCAGCGAGCGGAAGCGAGCAGGUUCUACAAGCGGCUCUUCCGCAAGAUCAGGAGGAGUCCGCGAGGCACGAGGAGUCCACGAGGCAAGGGGACACCGCGGGGGAAACUCAACCUCCGCUCGACUUGCAAGAGCCCGAAGAGCAUCUGGAUUCCACGCAGCAGCAGGCGCCGCUCACGAAGCCUCAGAGACCUCUUCAACCCAUAAAACCAUUCGACGAGGGAGUUGCAGGUGGCAGCGGCUGGAGUGUCACCCGUUUUCCCACACCUCGAUGGAGCAAAGCGCCGCUCGCCAUCAUGAAAGAACUCCCUCCGUGGAUUACGGACUGGAUGAGGCGUCACAACAGACGAGGGGCGCCUACAAAGACGGCCCAAGAAGCACGCGACAUGGAAGAAGAAGUAGAAGAUGAAGACGAAGCAAUGGACACAGGCCACAUGGAGCCCGAGACCGGCACCGCCAACCCCCUGUGGAUGAAUCAGGAAUCAAUUGUAUGUCCCAAGUCAUCUGCUUCCACCAGAGGAAAAAUAUCUUCUUCCCAAGCCACGCCUUCCACAUCUGCGCCACGAGGAGAUGGCACAUUAGCACAGGAAUACCACACAGCAGCACAAGCAGAUGGCACAGCAGCACAAGCAGAUGGCGUAACAGAAGGAGAUGCUGUAGCAGGAGGAGAUGAUAUAACAGAAGGCGAUGAUAUAACAGAAGAUGAUGACAUAACAGAAGAUGAUUAUAUAACAGAAGAUGAUUACAUAACAGAAAAUGAUGACAUAACAGAAGAUGAUGACAUAACAGAAGAUGAUGAUGUAGCAGGAGAUGGUGUAGCACAAGAAGAUGACAUAGCAGAAGGAGAUGAUGUAGCACAGGAAUACCACACAGCAGCACAAGCAGAUGGUGUAGCAGCACAAGCAGAUGAUGUAGCACAAGAAGAUGGUGUAGUACAAGAAGAUGAUGCAACACAAGAAGAUGAUGUAGCAGGAGGAGAUGAUGUAGCAGGAGAUGGUGUAGCACAAGAAGAUUGUGCAGCACAAGAAGAUUGUGCAGCAGAAGAAGAUGACAUAACAGAAGGAGAUGACAUAACAGCAGGAGAUGGCGCAGCACAAGAAGAUGAUGUAGCAGGAGAUGGUGUAGCAGGAGAUGGUGUAGCACAAGAAGAUGACAUAACAGAAGGAGAUGAUGUAGCAGGAGGAGAUGAUGUAGCAGGAGAUGGUGUAGCAGGAGAUGAUGUAGCAGGAGAUGGUGUAGCACAAGAAGAUUGUGCAGCAGAAGAAGAUUACAUAACAGAAGGAGAUGACAUAACAGCAGGAGAUGAUGUAGCAGGAGAUGGUGUAGCACAAGAAGAUUGUGCAGCACAAGAAGAUUGUGCAGCAGAAGAAGAUGACAUAACAGAAGGAGAUGAUGUAGCAGGAGAUGAUGUAGCAGGAGGAGAUGACCUAACAGAAGAAGAUGACAUAACAGCAGGAGGAGAUGACAUAACAGAAGAAGAUGACAUAACAGCAGGAGAUGGCGCAGCACAAGAAGAUGACGUAGAAGCACAAGAAGAGUACAUGGCAGCACAUGACGAUGACAUGAUGUCCCCAAGGAGCGACUAUCCGGAAGAGGAGAACUGCUCGCCCCCGACAUCAUCUGACGAUGAGGAAACCUCGCGAGAGGACGCCGUCGAUGGCUUUCCGCCAGACUCGCCGUGCUUCUCGUACCCAGGCUCGCCCAUGUCCGUCGCAACAAACCUGGCGCAGGACGAUGGAUACGACUUGGAGGCCGAGCUGCAGCAGCAGGAAAAUUUCGAGUUGACAUUAUUCGGCGCCCCCAUUCCGUUGGAUGCAGUCGCUGGAGAAACCGCCGCUGAGAUGUUUAAAGCCGGAGCGCUGACCGAAGCCGCUGGGAACGGAGGCGACCCCGAGGAGGAGGGCCAAGGGGCCAGCUUCCCCUUCCCCUGGAGCGACUUUGGGGUUCAGGGCGACGCGGGUGGAGUUCCGGGCGGAGACCCCACAUUUACAAUGUUUUAGCGAGACGCCUUGCCACACACUUGUGUCGUUACGGUGGGCCCACCAGAGUCGCGUAGAAUGUAAAUAAUAAAAUAAUAAAAAUUAAACAUUAAAUAAUUCUCACGACGUUUCGGCCACAACGCAAGCAGCCGUCCUCAGGUGGAGAACAGGUCUGUCGGUAAAGUCACGUAGAAUGGAAAUAAUAAAAUAAUAAAACAUAAUUAAAUAAUUCUCACGACGUUUCAGCCACAACGCAAGCAGCCGUCCUCAGGUGAAGACCAGGUCGGUCGAGGAGACAGCGUCUGAAUGAAACAGCACACGAGCUUGGAGCGUAUAUAUAUAAGCUGGGUUGGAAGGGGGGGAAAGGGCGCUUCGACAAAAUAAUUUGCAUAUCAAGAGUAAUUUUGCAUAUUUAUGGGAAAUGCAUUCAGACUCUGUCUCCCCGACAGACCUGGUCUCCACCUGAGGACGGCUGCUUGCGUUGUGGCCGAAACGUCGUGAGAAUUAUUUUAGUGCGUUUUAUUUUUUAUCAAUUUAUUACUUCCCUUCUACGUGACGACUUUACCGAAAGAACCAAGAAGAUGAAUCCCUGCAGUCACGAAAGAAGCUUUAAAUCGAAACAUAAAAAUGUUUUAUUAAAUCCUUUAUAUUAAGUUCGCUUGCUUGCUUGCUUAGGACCGUGCAAAUCUUUCGGUCGUUUUUUAACCCACUUCCCGUGAUCCAAUCGAGCUGACAUUUUGCACACAGACUCGUUGUGCGUGACAAUUAAUGUUCGUGAAAAAAUAUCCAAAAUUUUACACUGUUUAGGGAAAACAAAUUAAAUAUUUAAUUACCAAUUGUUUAAUACUGGCAGACAAUCAUCUGACCCAUAGGUGGCAGCCAUCUCAAGCCAGAGGACGAGAGGACUCUAGCCGCCACGCAUAUAAAGGAUUUAGAGUGAAAAACUUUGUUUUUACGGGUUAUACUUAUUGCCCGUAUUGAAACGGCUGUACGCCCUAUGGACCUGGAAACUCAACUUCCCUGUACAAGAAUACGGGGUGAACUGUGAUUGGUUGACAGGGUCAGAGUAACAGUGGGACACCAUCUUCUUGGUUCUUUCGGUAAAGUCACGUAGAAGGGAAAUAAUAAAAUAAUAAAACUUAAACAUAAUAAAAUACAAUUUUCACGACGUUUCGGCCACAACGCAAGCAGCCGUCCUCAGGUGAAGAACAGGUCUGAAUGUUUCAUUCAUGUUUCAUUCAGACGCUGUCUCCCCGACAGACCUGUUCUUCACCUGAGGACGGCUGCUUGCGUUGUGGCCGAAACGUCGUGAGAAUUGUAUUUUAUGUUUUAUUUUUAUUAUUUUAUUACUUCCCUUCUACGUGACUUUACCGAAAUAGCCUAAGAGUAUCAACUAAAUAUGUGACGUUUCGGGCCACUGGCCCUUCACAGCGCACAGACAAGCCAGAGUGGUCGGGUGGGUCAACGGCGU